AUCAUGAUUGCAAAUACCUUGCUCAACCAAAAACAGAAGUUGUUCUCAGACUUACAGAUGCGCUGUGGUUUUAUUUCAACAGUACGUCUCUGUCUGCAAGUCAGGCAGAACCCAACAGAGCGACUGGAACCAUGGCGGAGGAGGAGGUUAGCUACGCUUCGGUUGUAUUCAAAAGUAACCAACAUCCUCCACCCCAAGCUAGAAAGGAGGAGGAAACUGUGUAUGAUGAAGUGAAGGAACAGAGAAAAACAACUGAAGAAACUGCUGACAGAAACGCAGGAUUGUUGCUAACAAAGACAGUAAACAACAGAUGUUGUAAUGUCCAGUAUCAGCAGCUGGCCUGUUGUUUGGGGAUUCUUUGUGUCAUUCUGCUGUCCGUCAUCAUAGCAGUCGUCGUCUACCACCUUGCUACAGUAAGUCAUCAGAGUGAAGGUGAGCUGAUCACAAACCUGACUGCAGACGUCCAGAACCUGACAACACGAAACCAGCAGCUGGAGACCCAGAGGAACAACUUAACAAAACAAAUACAAGACCUGGAGACAAACUGGAAUAAACUCAACGUCAGUCGAGCUCAGUGGAGCAUUGAUGCCUACUGCCCCAAAGAUAAAGGGAGACAGUGUGCAGCUUGUCGGAAUGGCUGGUUACUCUACGAGUCUAACUCUAACUGCUAUGCGUAUAAUAACGCUGCUCCUCCUGAUCAGAAAACCUGGGAAGAAGCUCGACAAGACUGCAGAGGAAAGGGUUCAGAUUUGGUUGUUGUUCAUAGUCAAGAGGAAAAGGAUGCACUUGUCAAUCACUCAAUUCUACAGGGGGAGUUCAGGAACUGAUGGAUUCUGGUUUGGUCUGAGAGCUGAAGGAGGAGAUGAAGUG